AUGGAAGAGAAAUUGAACUUCCGAGCUCAACUUCCAUUGAACUGCCCGUUGUCUACUGCUCGUUGGCUGAGGGAUUCGAGUCUCAAUGCCGCUGCCGUCCGUCAAUCUCCAACGGUGCUCUCCGGCGAUGGCCGUCGUAAACCCUCCCCGCUGGAUCCAGCGAACCCCAGCAUCGUCCGCUCUCCACUCUUCCCUCACAAUCUGCGAUCUCAGGUGCUAAUGCUGCUGCGGUGGUGGCGCUACCGUUACCGGCCACUACAGAGGAGUGGACUGCUGGCGGGUUCGCUGACGCUCCUCCUCCCGGCCUUCUUCCCCGCACUCUUCAGUCCGCUUCGUCGCGCCUUUCCUUCCAUCUUCUCUGUGAGCUCUCUUCUCUUCGACUUUAAUUCGAGUGGAAUGCUCUAUGCUCCACAACUUCGUCAUCUGUCCCUUCUAAAUGGUGCCUUACAACACAAACAAUCAAUUGACAAAAAGUCUGAGCUUUGGGCUCCCUUAGCACCACAAGGAUGGAAACCUUGUAUUGAAUCUUCGAGUACCUCCUCACUCCCUAUGACGUCAAAUGGAUUUAUUCAGGUUUUUCUUGAUGGUGGGCUGAACCAACAAAGAAUGGGAAUCUGUGAUGCAGUUGCUGUUGCUAAAAUUUUGAAUGCUACCCUUAUUAUUCCAUACCUUGAAGUUAAUCUUGUUUGCCAAUAUACUAGCUCAUUUGAGGAGAUAUUUGACAUCGACCAUUUUAUUGAUACACUAAUAGAUGACAUCUCAGUAGCUAGAGGAUUGCCAAAAGAAUACUCUUGGAGCACCAGAGAGUAUUAUGCUACUAGCAUUCGUGCUACAAGAGUGAAGACUGCAUCUGUUCAUGCUUCCGCAGAUUGGUAUCUCAAAAAUGUUUUACCUGUCUUACACAGGUCUGUGAUCAUACGACUUUUUCAUGUUGCUUGA